AUGCUCCAUACCCCCACCCCUGCUCUCAUCACCCACACCACCUGUCCAUCCCCAACCCUGUCCCAUCCCCACCCGCUGCUCCCUCCACCAACACCCCUGCUCCAUCCACCACACCCUGCUCGCAUCACAACCCCUGCUCCAUCCACCACACCCCUGCACUCCCCAUCACCCCUGCAACACCAGGCUCACCACACCACCUGCUCUCAUCCACCCACACCCCUGUCCAUCACCCCCCCCUGCCUCAUCAACCACACCCCUGCUCCCAUCGCCACCCAACACCUGCUCUCAUCACCCACACCCCUCUCGCAUCCACAUCACCCGACUACCCUUGCACCCAGCACCCCCUGCUCCCAUCCACCACACACCCUGCUCCCACCACCCACACCCCUGCUCCACCACCCACACCCCUGCUCUCAUCCACCCCACCGGCUCCCAUCACCACACAUUCCUCCCCAUCCACCCUUGCUCCUUGCCAUCCACUCCACCGAGCCGCUCCCAUCCACCCACAGCCCUGCUCCCAUCCACCACACCCCUCUCCACUCCACCCACACCCUGCUCCAUACCACACCCCUGCACUCCAUUCCACCCCACACCCCUCUCUCACUCCACCCAACCCUGCUCCAUCCACCACACCCUGCUCCAUCCACCCACACCCACUGCUUCCCAUCCACCACACACCUGCUCCCAUCCACACACCUUUGCUCCUAUCACACACCCUGCUCCCAUCACCCACAACUGCUACCAAUCACCACACCACUGCUCUCUGUCAUUACCAUUUAG